GCCCAUGGGGCCCGGCCUGAUCCUCCUGGAGACGCUGCUGCUGGGACCACCCCUGGUCGUCUAUGGAACAGAGAGGAGACUCCGGACCCCUCCCGCCGCCCACUGCCUGUUCCAGGUGAAGUCCGAGUGCCGCUUCGCCGACGGGACUCGCGGGGAGGUCCGCUUCCUGGACAGGCACAUCUACGACCGGCAGGAGUUCCUGCGCUUCGACAGCCGCCGCGGAGACUACGAGGCCCUCACCGAGCUGGGCCAGCCCACAGCCCGAUACUUCAACAGCAAGAAGGGGUGGAUGGACUACGAGCGGGGCCAGGUGGACGCCCUCUGCCGCCUCAACUACGGGGUCUUCGUCCGGGGGCGCGCCAUCGGCAGGACAGUUGUGCCCACAGUGACGAUCUCCCCCUCCAAGGGGGACCCCCUGGCCCACCACACCCUCCUGAUCUGCACUGCGGCCGGCUACUAUCCCCAGGGGGUGAAGAUCAAGUGGCUGAGGAACGGGCAGGAGCAGACGGCAGGGGUGGGCUACGCGGAGGAGCUCCAGAACGCGGACUGGACCUACCAGUACCAGGCGAUGCUGGAGACGGUGCCCCAGUGGGGAGACCUCUACGCCUGCCAGGUGGAGCACAGCAGCCGGAAGGAGCCCAUCACCGUGCAGUGGGAGCCACAGACGUCGGACUCCGCCAGGAGCAAAGUGUGGACGGGGGCCGUGGGGGCCGUUCUGGGGCUGGUCUUUGUGGCCGUGGGACUUUAUCUGUACCUGAAGAGCAAGAAAGGAACUUCGGGGCCGCCCCCCGCAGCGCUCAUCGGUUAACCCUUCCCGCCCCAGGACCCUCCCUGUGGAAACGCCCUUCCUGUCGCUAAGGGCCGCUUGCCAGGGGGUGAAGAUGGAUGGAGGAUGGAUGGACUUUUUGCGCCCAGCACGGCUCCCCCCUUACCCUGCAGCUGGCUUCUUCUGUCUUUCCCUUCUGUUGUUUUGGGAGAGGGGACUCAUCAUUCUGCUAUGUCCGGAGGAGAACGGGACUCCCUUCCUCCAGAACUGCACCCCCAAAGGUUGCCACCUCCAGGUUGGGAGAUUCCUGGAUACUUCGGGGUGGAGCCUGAGGAAGGGGAGGGACCACAGAGGGGUACGAUGCCUUGGAUCCCCCUCCCAAAGCAGCCGUUUCCUCCUCCAGGGGAACAGAGCUCUGUCCUCUAGAGGUCUCCAGGCACCCCCUGGAGGUUGGCAACCAUCACCAGCUACAGAAAGGGGGCGAGAUGCUUUGCCCCACUUUGCAGGAACAGGCAGGGAGACUGAGUGGCCACCGUCAGCCCUUCUCCUCCGGCAAGGGGGUCUUUGGUGUUCAGAGUUGGAAUUUGCAGCUCAAACCGGCUUUUGAUCUUGUUGCCCGGCUGUUCCUGCAAGAUUCCCGCCCUCCUCUCUCUCUGGACUCAGCUGGAAGCUCCAGGUGCAGUGGGGGGGGGGCGUUCGUGAGCAGGGGCUGAGAACGGGUGUUGAAACUGGACCACUGCUUUAUAAAUCUGUACUUUCCAGAAUCCGUAUUGCUCACUAACCUGUCUUCGCUGCGGCUGGAGGAACCGUCUAAUAAAAACAGAAUGAACCCUUCUUUGGAGAUGCGUCUGUGGCUCUGAGCUAAGCGGGCUUCGCCUUGGAAACAGGCAGGGAGAGGAGAGGACUUGGGGGCCUCCUCUGUGGG